GGUUGGUCUACUGUUAAGUCUUUUUAAUGGCUAAUAAUCUGUAGAACAUUAUUUCCCUUGUAAUUUUUAUGGGGUGCAUACUCACCCAGAUGUGCCAAGCAAUCUUGUUUUUAGUAUAUUUCCCAUUUGACAUCUUAUCAAAUCAUAUAAGAAAGAUUCUUCAUACCCGAAGUUGGCAUCAACAUUCUUAUGCACAUCCCACAAAAAUUUCAUGAUAGACUUUGAUGAAUGCACCUCUGUGCAGGUGAAUUUGUGACAACAGAAGAGGCGCGAAGACGUUUACAUGCAUACGAUGAGCUUGCGUCCACCCGAAACUUUUCGCCUGCACUUUUGGUUGUUCGGGAGCAUCUUCCAUCUGGUAAAGCUUGCCUGAGGGUCAACAUUGAUGCAACCGAGAUCGGAAAUGUAGCUCGCUUCAUCAAUCACUCGUGUGACGGCGGCAAUCUGAUGGUUGUACUGGUGAGGAAUUCUGGGUGUUUUCUUCCCAGGCUUUGUUUCUUUGCUGCUGUAGAUAUUUCAGAAGGCGAGGAGCUCAUCUUCAGCUAUGGGGAUGCUCCCCGAAGGCCAAAUGGCCUGCCUUGCUUUUGUGGAAAAGAAGAAUGCAUGGGUGUUCUGCCCUCUGAGGAAGCGUGAUGUUGUUGGUGCAUUUCAUCAUAUGGUUGAACUUCAGAUUCACAAAGAGAAACAAGCCAGACAAUCACCAUUUUAGACGUGGCUGUUGGUCUAUCUCAGUGGAAAAUAUUUGCGUACAUAAGACGUACGCUUAUU